AUGUUUAAAACUAUUUUCAAAAGGUUUCCAAAUUUAAUUGGCGAUGAAAGUGAAAGUGAUGCAGCGAAUGGUUUCGGUACUUUCGAUCCGUUAAUUAAAAUUCGCUGCUCAUCGCAACUUAAAUUUUUUUUGUGCUCGAUAUACUUCCCCAUGUGUACUGACAAAGUGCCAAUCGCUAUAGGUCCAUGUAGACCAUUAUGUGAACGAGUACAGAUGAAAUGUGAGCCGUUGUUGAAAGAAUUUGGAUUUCCCUGGCCUGUUUCUAUGAACUGCUCCAAAUUUCCACUAGAAAACAAUCAUGAUGCAAUGUGUAUGAAGGGCCCAGCAUCGGAAGAGGAUGGUCUUCUAGCACUUGGGGAACCAGAAUCCGAUGUCACUGAGCUUGCAACUACCACUUCGAACCAAUGUAUACAAUCUAUUACAGUAUAUAUGAACCGUACUGGACAAUGUGUUCCAUUAUGUCAUUCAGCUGCUGGAUAUACAAAGAAUGAUCGUGAAGCAGCGAAUACAGCGUUAUUUAUUAUGUCAUUACUUUGUACAGCUCUAACUUCAGUUUGUCUACUUACUUUUUGUACUAGGAAACACUGCCUGGUAGCACUCCCAGAACUGUCACUUCUUUUCUGUUCCGUAUCAUUUGCAAUAUCUGCAAUUGUUUACCUAUUCUCACUUUUAUAUCGAGAUCAGAUUUCAUGUGUGGAAUAUAAUUCGAAAUUAAUAUCUGUAACUACCGGCGUUCAGCAUGUUCCUUGCACAACGGUUGCCAUUAUGCUAUAUUAUUUUGGAACUACCGGACGACUGUGGUGGUUUGUCUUGUGUUGCACUUGGAAUAAGCACACACAACGCCAUCAACAAAAAUCGGAUUCAUUGCUUCGAACACACGUGUUGGCUUGGGGAGUACCUUUAGGAGCUGUGAUUCUUGCAUUGAUAGCUCAAAGUGUCCGAGCUGACCCCUUAUCUGGAAUUUGCUUAGUUGGUGGCGGCAAUCGAAUCAUUGAAGCUGUAUUUGUAUCAUUACGUGAAUUAAUACUUUUGCUUUGCUCGCUAGUACCAUUAUUUUUCGGAUGCUUGGCAUUGAUUGGUUCGGCUCCUGUUCAUGAUCAUUCCGUAGCAUCAACUGGUCUAUUGGGAAGUUUGUAUCCGAUGGCAGCUGCUUUUCUGUUACUCAGUUCGUUACAAUAUCUUCUGGCACCCACAGUAACAGGCUGGAAUACGGUGACAGCAAUUAAACUUCUCGCGGAUCCUUUGAUGGGAAUUCUCGCUUCAUCUGGAUGCUUCUUCCAAAUUAUUUUCAAUAUUUUUAAGAUUAAUCGGUUGCAGCUUCUUGAUAAGCAUGGUUAUCAACCUGCAGCACCUCAGAUUCCUCAACCUGCGGUUCCCCCUCAUGUCGCUGUUUCUAGUAACGGUUAUGCCCUAGCCAGGUACCCUGAACAGAAGCUACUUUGUCAAUAA